AUGAAUGAACAAAAAGAAAAUAUAAAUAUUAAAAAUAUUAGUAAUCAUAAUAAUUCAGAUGGAAAAGAAAAGUCUUCCAUUCCGUCAAAAAAUGGGAGUUGGUACUAUCCAUCCCAGAAACAAUUUUAUAACACAACAAAAAAAAAAGGUUACUCCUUCUCUCAAGAAGAUUUAAAUAUGGCCUUAAAAAUUCACAAUGCUGUCAAUGAAGAAACAUGGAAUAAAAUUAUGAAAAGAGAAGAAAAAUAUUUCGACAUAUGUAAAGAACAAAAAUUAAUAAAGUUUGUAGGAUAUCCUACAAAAUUAUCCAUUAAAGCUUUUAUGUUAACCCUCAUAGGUUAUAACAAACCUUUUGAUAGACACGAGUGGUACAUAGACAGAUGUGGAAAUACAAUCAAAUAUAUUAUUGAUUACUAUGAUGGGAAAAAAGAAAAAAAUUCUGCAGUCUCAAUUUAUAUUGAUGCCAGACCACAACUCAAUCAUCAAAAUGCAAUAGAUAAUGUUAAAAUUAUUUAUAUAAAGAUUUGUAGGUUUUUAAAUAACCUUUUUUAA